AUGCCUCUGUCUCUACUCGGGAAGAAGUCUGCUAAGAUGCAGGGCGUCAGGGUGUCAACGAUGGAUGCAGAACUCGAGUUCGAGCUCGAGCAAAAAGCAACCGGUCGAGACCUCUUCGAGCUCGUCUGCCGCACUAUCGGUCUACGGGAGAUUUGGUACUUCGGCUUACAAUUUGUUGACGCGAAAGGGUUCCCGACGUGGCUCAAACUCGAUAAGCGGGUCGACAAGCAAGAUUGCAAGAAACCUUUGUCGUUCCUGUUCCUGGUGAAAUUUUACCCCGAAGACGUUUGUGAUGAGCUGAUCCAAGAAGUCACCCAGCAUCUGUUCUUCCUCCAAGUGAAACAAGCCAUCCUACAACAAGAUAUUUAUUGUCCUCCGGAAGCCUCGGUUUUGCUCGCCUCGUAUGCGGUCCAGGCGAAAUACGGGGACUACGAUGAGUCGACAUACACGCCCGGUAUGUUGGCGAACGACGACCUCCUCCCUCAGAGGGUUAUAGAUCAAUAUCAGAUGACCCUUGAGAUGUGGGAAGAGAGGAUAAAGGUGUGGUAUGCCGAUCACAAGGGUAUGACGAGAAAUGAAGCCGAGAUGGAGUAUCUCAAAAUCGCGCAAGAUCUCGACAUGUACGGCGUUAGCUAUUUCAAGAUUUGUAAUCGCAAGGACACGGACCUGUGGUUGGGAGUGUCGGCAGUUGGUCUCAAGAUCUAUGAUAAAGACAAUAAACUCACGCCAAUGAUAACUUUCCCGUGGUCCGAAAUCCGGAACAUUUCCUUCGAUGACAGAAAGUUCAACAUCAAACCCGCGGAUAAAUCAUCGCCAAAUUUCCUUUUCUACUCCUCCAAAAUCAGAUUGAAUAAAUUAAUACUGGACCUAUGCAUGGGCAACCACGAGCUCUACAUGCGGAGACGCAAGCCCGACUCUAUGGAGGUGCAACAGAUGAAGGCCGCAGCGAAAGACAGCAAGAUGCGCAGACAAUACGAGCGGAAUCUCCUCGAAAGGGAGAAGAAAUUACGAGAAGAAGCUGAACGAGAGCGGGUGGAAUUGCACCAACGACUCCUGAUCUCUCAGGAAGAAGCUCGAGUGGCACACGAAGCUUUGCAGAGAUCCGAGCAGACCGCAGACCUACUCGCCGCAAAAAGUAGGAUCGCGGAGGAGGAAUCCCUUUUGCUACAGAGGAAAGCAGAAGAAGCCGAACAAUUGAAGCUCCAGUUCGAACGAGAGAUGGCCAAAUUCGAGACGAAAGCCAGAGAAGCGAAAGAGGCGGAAAUCAUCGCGCAGCAGUUGUCGGAGGAGAAGAUCGAGGAAAUGAAUAUGCUCCGGAAGGAACUUUCCCGACUGAGAGCCCUUCAAGCUUCGAGCGCACAAGUUUCCACCAACAAUAUAACUUGUGUCAGUAGCCCCAGCAGCAACGUCAGCGCCGGAAACAACAAACAAUCUGGCAACACUAACAGCAGCGUUGGUGGAAGCUCCAUCACUAACAUUAAUAACAAUAGUAGCAACAUGAACAACUUCAACUCUGUAAGCGUGAACGGGAGCGUGACCCCGGUUUCGUCUGAUCUCGAGGAUUCGUCCGUCAUAACUCAAUUGGCAGAACAGCUCGAACGCGAGAAGAGCUCGUACAUGGCCAAAACGAGCAGCGUGCAGAAGCAGCUGAUUCAACUCAAGAACGACAUCCUGGUCCUGAAGAAAUUGGAAACAACGACCCCGAUGGAUCAAAUAUACGAACAGAAACAAGCGAGUGGUGUCGACAGACACGCGACGUAUCGUAAAACGACCCAGGGUGCCACUAAGAGUCGCGUCGCAUUUUUCGAACAGCUUUAGGGAACGCAGCAACAUGGCGGGGGUGGCAAGCUUUGGCUGACUUGGC